AGGUCCUCGGAGGAGUCGGGCAUGUUCAAACAUAUCCAGGCAGACCAACCCUCCAACCUCCACGGCGCGUCAUUGCGCACGGGUUGGAUUUAUUCUCAGACACUGCGGUAGCUUCUGUAUGGGCUGUUAUCACUAAUGCCAAAGCUCAAACCGAUAUGUUUCCCUGAGGGACACAACACGAGUCGAGAUUUAAUGGAUUCAUCUUGAGACGCAAGACGUUGUUCAAGUUGCGCGUCUUUCCGAACACUUCGGUGACCAUGUCCUUCCCGGCCAAAGUGAUGCGAGACGGGCUGCUGGAGAAGCGCAGCAGCGGGCUGCUCCAGCUGUGGAAGAAGAAACGCUGCGUCCUCACCGAGGAAGGGUUGCGUUUGCACAACUGUAAAGGCGGCGGUGAUGCUUCUAGUUCGGCGUGGAGCUCCAAAGCCAAGGAGCUGCUCUUCGAACGGAUGGCCACGGUGGACUGCGUGGAGUACAAGCGAGGACUGGUGUACUUCACUGUGGUCAUGGCUACGGGGAAGGAGAUCGACUUUCGCUGUCCGCAGGACGGCACAGCUUGGAACGCGGAGAUCGCUUUGGCACUGGUGCGCUACAAGAACCUGCAGGCCGUGAAGAGCGGAAGGAAAAGGCACCUGUCCAGUGCGCACCUGGGUAGCACCGGCGAGGAUGAGGAGCUCUGACUUAAGGUGGCGAACUUGAAACUGUGAAUCCGGAGCACAUUCUCACCCAAACACAUUUUUUUCCUGGCCAGACGUUCCCUAUCCAAACUGUGAAGCACCUGACUUAACGCUUAAUCCCACUUCUGUGGUUGAAAGGGUGCUAAUGGAACACGUUAUUGCAGUGAUUGGCUGGAAUGAAAACAUCCACACUCUUGGGGAUGAGGUGACAGAAACACUCCAGCCUCAAGCUAAGCUCCCGCUGAAGGUUAUUUACAAGUACCACCUCAGUGUUUAGAUGUUCCACUGAGCCAGAGUCACCCCAGUGUUCCCUUACUGUGACCAUCUGCCUUCACUGCACCUCAGCCUGCUUCCAACACAAACCACUCUCACUGGAGGACAUAAUUACGAUGCAAUGUGAGCCUCCAAAAUAACAUCUGCCUGCCUCUCCCUCACCAGGCACUCAAGUAUUUUUAACCACACACACACACAUGGAGAGAGAAACUCUUAUGUGUUUAGUUGACAUGGAGACAGAUGGACUUUUGGAGAGAGAGCGAAGUGCCUCCCAAGCAUCUUUUCAGCAUUUAGGCCACAGUCAGUGAAAUCUUGACAUGACAACAGAGUUUAUUUACAGAAACUGGUCACUGAAAUCUCAAAUGUUCAUGAACUGAGAGUCUGAACUAUGAGCUCACAGUCCAGGAAUCCACAGCGUUGCUUCCUUGAGAGAGCUGCAGAAGUCAAGUGCCCAAAUUAACUUAGUAACUGUGGUGACAGCGUAAUAUGACUCACUACAAAUGCACUUUGUUAAACACCAUCAGCUGCCCCAGCAUUAAGUCUAUAAAUUAACUAAUGAAUAUUUAAAUUAUUCCUUUUCU